CAUUGAUCCAGAUUCCAGGAACCCAAUAAUGGAGACCAUGAUGCUGUUAGUCCUCGUAGCCUCCUCUGUUCUCUCUGUUUUCUUCCUUAGAAAGCUGCUCAGCUCUUCCCCGAAGGAGAUGGAGGCCAUCCCAGGGAGCUUGGGAUUGCCUGUUGUCGGUGAAAGCUUCUCCUUCAUCUCUGCCUUCAGCAGCCCAUCUGGCAUUUUUAACUUCAUGAAGGAGAGGCAAGAGAGGUACGGGAAAGUGUUCAAGAGCUACGUGCUGGGGAGAUUCACGGUGUUCAUGACAGGGAGGGAAGCCAGCAAGAUUCUGCUGACGGGGAAAGACGGGAUGGUGAGCUUGAACCUCUUCUACACCGGCCAACAAGUCCUGGGCCCCACCAGCUUGCUCCAGACCACCGGCGACGCCCACAAGCGCCUCCGCCGCCUCAUCGCCGAGCCCUUGUCCGUCGACGGCCUCAAGAAGUACUUCAACUUCAUCAGCACUCUGGCUCUCGACACUCUGGAGCAAUGGCCUGCAAAGAAGAAAGUCCUUGUCCUUGAAGAAGCUUCCACGUUUACGUUGAAGGUGAUUGGUAACAUGAUAAUGAGCUUGGAGCCAAUGGGAGAAGAGCAAGAGAAGUUCAGGUCAAAUUUCAAGACCAUUUCUUCCAGCUUUGCUUCCUUGCCAUUCAACCUACCUGGAACAGCGUUCUAUGAGGGUAUUAAGGCAAGAGACAGUAUGUAUGAAAUGCUGGACUCGACGAUUGCAAAUCGAAGAAGUGCAGAAAGCUCUCAUCAAGAUUUUCUAGAGUCAUUAAUCAUGAAACAUACUAAAUCUGGAGAUGGGAAAGGAGACGAUCAAGAAAACAAAUUGACGGAUCAACAACUUAAAGAUAACAUAUUGACUCUUCUGGUUGCGGGUCAUGACACUACCACAGCAGCUUUGACUUGGACGAUGAAAUUUUUGGCUGAGAAUCCUCAAGUCCUAGAGAAGCUCAGGGAGGAGCAUAGGUUGAUCUUGGAGAAGAGAAGCGAUGGAGCUACUCUAAGCUGGUCUGAAGUUAACAAUAUGCCAUACACAAAUAAAGUGAUCAGCGAGACCCUUCGAAGAGCGACGAUAUUGCCUUGGUAUUCUAGGAAGGCUGCUCAGGACUUUGAAAUCGAUGGAUAUCAAAUCAAAAAAGGAUGGUCAGUCAACUUGGACGUGGUCUCGAUUCAUCAUGACCCUCAAGUCUUUCCGGACCCAGAAAAGUUCGAUCCCACCAGAUUUGACGCACCCUUAAGGCCAUACAGUUACCUGGGCUUCGGGAAUGGGCCGAGGAUGUGCCCAGGAAUCAACUUGGCAAAACUGGAAAUCUGCAUCUUCAUCCAUCACCUGGUCACCAAAUACAAGUGGACGCCAUUAGAGAAAGAUGGUUCAGUUCAGCCCACACUCGUACGGAUGCCCAAAAACAAGUACCCAGUUUUUGUCGAGUCCCUGUGAGACUGACUGAUCAUCGCUCACUCACUCGCAGUCACAGAGGGAACUCAAUUGCCAGAGCAUAUUUUCAGUUAGUUCAGAGUCCUUUCUUUGAUGAUAAUAGUUUGUGAUAAUAAUCAUGACGUAAGAAGAGGACGCAUGAUGCAAAAUAACAAUGUUUGUGGGGA